AUGAUUUGGAAAUUUAUAAAGAACAAUUUAAUCGUAAACAUGCUGAAAGGAAAGAAAGUAGGUGCUAGUAGUAAUAACAUAAAAUUAAAAAAAAAUAUAGUUAUAAAAUGGGGUAUAGGAACUAUUGUAUUGUGUUUAAUUCCAUUGAUUGGAAUAAUAUUACCAAUUUUAUGUAAAAUAAACAUCAUUACUGAUAACACACUUCAACCCAUCCUGUAUUCAUGUGAUAGUUUUUUUAUAACAUUAACAUAUAUAAUUUUAUUUUUGAUCAUUUACACAAUGAUUAUUGUUGUAAAAUAUCACAGAUUAGAAGAUGGAAAGGGCAAAAUGAAUAAAAAAUUAGAUUCCAAAACUGAAUUAAAUAAGUUACCAGACAUAAAAAAAAAAGCACACGCAUUCCUCGUAUUGACCUAUUGUAUUCUAUUUCCAUUAGCUCUGUCUUGUAUAGUCCUGAUGGUCGCUGGUAAAUUUGUUUUUCCCAGUGCUCCGUGGAUCGCAUGGGCCAUCGGAGUUCCCGCAUUCAUAGGAUUUGUCUUAUUGAGCGUGCUCUGUGCAACCUACUAUCCAUUUAAAAAGGUUAAAAAUAUCAAAUAA